CUCACUGGUGACGUGGUGGUCACGUGACCAAGAGCUGCCUAGAACAGAAGUCCUGCUAGUCGCCUCCGUCUGGGUACCAGCCCCCUAUUACUCUGCAGGCGUGUGAAGGAAGAAGGAAAACUAGCCCGGACGGUGCAGGUCUGUAAGUCUCUUGGCCCGAACGUCUCCGCGAAAGUCGCGGCGAGGGAAAGAGCAAACUGCCUGGGACCCGCAGGACGGGUCGCUGUGACGUCCCCUUGCCGGCUGGCUGCCUCUCCAUCUGUCCUUCUGUCACAGCCUCUGUCCAUCAGCCGCGGUGGAAGGAGCACUAGAAACAGAAGACCAGGGCAGAAGAAGGGAUGUACCUGACUUUGGUGGAGAUUCAUCACAAGAGAAUUACAAGACCUGGGAGAGGCUGAAGACCACUUCCUGCCUCCACCACUCACCCUGGCCCUAGGGGUCUUCUUCAUUCAGGUGGAGCAAGGCCCUCUGAUGUCCUGCCCUAGGUCGGGCACAGACUGGAGCAUGGGCCGGGCUCGGGAGGUGGGUUGGAUGGCGGCAGGACUGAUGAUUGGGGCCGGGGCCUGCUACUGUGUCUACAAGCUAACCAUAGGAAGAGAGGAUGACGAGAAGCUUGACGAGGAGGAAGAGGAAUGGGACGAUGACCAGGAGCUGGAUGAGGAAGAACCGGAGUUUUGGUUUGAUUUCAUGACCAUGGGUCGGCCCUGGAGUGAGGAUAGGGACUGGACAGAACCUGGGGCCCCUGGUGGCACUGAGGACAGGCCCUCAGGUGGCGGCAAGGCCAACAGAACACACCCCGUAAAACAGCGCCCAUUCCCUUAUGAACAUAAAAGUACUUGGAGUACUCAAAGCUUUAAAAAUGUCACUUGUGUUCUGGGCCUCUCCAAGUGUCCUUCCAUUCAGGGUAAAAUGCCAUUUGCUCAACCCAAGCAUGCGGGUUGUUCAUUGAGCCGCAGUAUCAGUAGUCAUUUGGCCAGACUCUCCACUGCUGGAAACACAAUCCCCACUCCCGACCCUGCUCUUAAGGAGGAGGCGGUCUGCACCCCGGAUAACUGGAACGUGAGAGCUGAAGUUCAGGGCCAGAUUAAGAUGUCCAUCCAUGGAGUGUGUCGGCAGACUGUGUCACUCUGCGGCACCUCAUUUCUGCAGCAGGCCGGAUUAAAGUUGUUAAUGGGCAUGGCGGUUAUUAAUGACAUGCUUGCCAAGCCCGUUGCAGACUUGAAGUUUCCUCUGAUAACACAGGGAAGUGGCUGUGCCGAGGCGCAGGUUUGGAAACCCUUGAUGGGUUUGUUUGAAAAGCCGGGCUGGGCAGGGGAGUUGCUGGGUGCCCAGGUGCUGCUCUCAUUCAUGUCCCUCUUAGUCAGGCCCGGAAACAGAGAGCCGCUCCCAGACACCCUGGUCUCUUAAGAGGCCGCCUCCCCCAGAACGGGACCGACUGCACCCCAGCCCCACUUGGUGAACCCCGCUGGUGUUCUCCUCCAGAGACUCUGCGGUGGGUGUGCCUGAAGAUCCGGCUUUAGCCAGUCACCGCACCCUGGGGUGGCAGCUACAGUUGCUGGAGGCAGGACCCCCCCCCCUUCCUGGCCACGGGGUUCCCCCCAGCUCUGAGAGGCUGCUUGGGCGGGGCAUGUGCAGGCCAAGGGCUUUGUAAGUCACUGCCCUGCAGCCUUCUCCCUGAGGCUGCGAAGGGAGCCUUUCAGCUGCCAGCCCAGCACAGAGAACUCCCUAUCAGGGCGUCACCAGGGAGGCCGGGCACCCGGUGCCCCUGUCGAACCGGGCCACUUUGUGGAGGCCAGACCCAGGUGGGAGCUUGUGCCCGACCUGCAGUACUUUGUCUCUGCCCAGGCUGAACUCCUCUCACUCACCUUCUCCCGGGCCGGCCCGGCCCACCCCACGGGUGGUGAACCUCUUCAUCAAAUGAGGCCGCUCCCCUUCUGCCUGUGGUCCCCACUCAGCCUCACCCACCCAAGCCUGCGUCUGUGUGUAGCAACAAUAAAGUCGUGUGUUUCGAUUGGCAUAACCCAGGCGCGCUCCUGUCCUUGAGUUGGCCGUCGCACCUGCACCGAGAGGAGGGGAGAUGAACAUGAGGAAUGCUCAGGACCUGGGCGC